UUUUUCUUUACAUCUUUUGGUGCCAGGGAUAGAAGUUACCUCAAUAUCUUCAGGUUAUGGCAGAAUGCAUUAUUAGACAAGAACUUGACCAAACAGGAAUUCUGGCAGCUGGUCCACCAGAACUAUGGCACUGAGCUAGGCUUAAAUCCUGAAGAAAUGGAAAACUUGUCACUGUCAAUUGAGGAUAAUGUACAGCCAAGCAUUAAUGAAAAUAUUCCUGAGAAAGAUCUUCAUGGAAGACUUUAUAUCAACCGUGUUUUUCAUAUCAGCGCUGAGAGAAUGUUUGAAUUGCUCUUCACCAGUUCACGCUUUAUGCAGAAAUUUACCAAUUCUAGAAAUAUAUUAGAUGUAGUAUCUACUCCCUGGAAUGUAGAACCUGGAGGUGAUCAACUGAGAACCAUGACCUACACUAUAGUCCUUAAUAACCCACUUACUGGAAAAUGCACCGCUGCCACUGAAAAGCAGACAUUGUAUAAAGAAAGUCGGGAAGCACAGUUUUAUUUGGUAGAUUCAGAAGUGCUGACACAUGAUGUCCCCUACCAUGAUUACUUCUACACCUUAAACAGAUACUGUAUCACCCGAUCUUCAAAACAGAAGUGCAGGCUAAGAGUUUCCACAGAUUUGAAAUACAGAAAACAGCCAUGGGGCCUUGUCAGAUCUUUAAUUGAGAAGAAUUCCUGGAGUUCACUGGAGAAUUAUUUUAAACAGCUUGAGUCAGAUUUGUUAAUGGAAGAAUCUGUGUUAAGUCAGUCCAUUGAAGACCCUGGAAAACUUAGUGGCCUGAGAAGAAGAAGGAGAGCAUUCAACAGAACAGCAGAAAUAGUUCCUAAAAUUUCUUCUCAGCGCUCUUCUAGAGACGUGGGCUUAGAUGUCAAAAGAGAAAAGAAAAAAGGAAUGGAAAGCUAUAGUACCGCUCUAAUUGUGGUGAUGAGUAUAUUUUUGCUGUUGCUAGUUUUAUUGAAUGUGACACUGUUUUUGAAGCUGUCAAAGAUAGAAUAUGCUGCUCAGUCGUUUUACCGUCUCCACCUCCAAGAAGAGAAAUCUCUAAAUUUAGCCUCUGAUAUGAUGUCAGGAGCAGAAAAUACUUGGAAGAACAAAGAUCAGGCUCAUCGUUUAAAGGGAGUGCUCCGAGACUCCAUAGUCAUGCUUGAACAGUUGAAGAGCUCACUUGUUAUGCUUCAGAGAACCUUUGAUCUACUAAAUAAGAACAAGACGGGCAUGGCUGUCGAAAUCUCUGUACCCUCCGGGUCGUGCGCUGAUCCGGGCGAGGAAGAAAUCGGCUGUGGGCGGGCCGGGGGCGGGGCCUCGCGGCGGGCUCCGCACGUGCGGCGGGCGGGGCGGAGAUCCCGGCUCCGGGGGCGGGGCACCCGGAAGCGUUCGGACUCCACGGGGAGCGGGGCUGGGGCCACAAGGACGGCGGCGGGAGGGGGACGCGCCGCCCCGGCCGCGCUGGGCCUGUGGUCACAGGUGGGCAGGGCGCGGCCGAGCAGAGCUGGGUACUGCGACUUCAGCAGUCACGCCCGGAGCCCGCGGAACAGAGAUCGGGAGACACGUCCACGCCGCCGGAGUCCACCUUCCUCCUGA